AGCUUCAACAACGUUCCUCAUCUCCUUCGUCUUUCAGUCAUCGCCGGCACGUCGUGGAGGAGCUCAGGCCGUCGUUGCUGGAGGUCUCUCUCCUAUGCACUAGAUCCUUCUUCCUCUGUUGUUCACGUUGCCAGAAUAUUCUCCCCCUGUUCCCUCCCUGUUUGGUGAUGUCUGCUCCUUCUUCAUCUCUUGGUUUGGUGAGUUGCCAUGGAUCCAGUUUUUCCCUUCAUUGUCAUUACGCAACCCAUACACCUGGAGCUAUCAUUGCGGCAUUUUGUCGUGGAAGAGAUGCUGUCAGUUUCUUUUUCCCUUCCUCUUCGAUUUGCAUCAACAGCACCAAACUCCUCCUCUUCCUUCUUCGUUGGUAUCACCUGCGAUUGUAACAAGGAAGUGAGAGAUCAAAGCUUCUUACCCCCACAAGCCACCAACAGCAUAAAAGAGGAAGGAGAAGAACAUGGUGAAGAACAGGGGAGGGAAAAAUUCUGUUUCCUACAUAUAGUUGUGAUGAAGGAAGGAAAAGAGGAGGCUGAUAGCAACCUCCAACAACAGCUACAAGACGCUCGUCCAUGCAUGUCCUCUCCAGCAACCUCCUCUUCUCACAAAUGACGCCGGUGAUGAUAGUAGGAAGGAAGUUUUGAUCUAUUACAGCAACUAGAGAGGAAAGAAAUAAGGAACCACAACGAACACUGUUAAGCAUGCCGGCGAGCUAAUCAAAAAUGGGAAGAGGGCGAGGAGGUCUUAAGAGAAAGGCUAAGUACUCUCACUUCGCUAGAAUGAUCGAGAGAAUGAGGAAGCAGAGGAUCAAAAUGAAUAAUGCCCUUGCGUAUAUGUCUGCUCUCAUUUAUUUAU